CAGUUUCAGUGGAAAUUGCUGCAAGAUAAGCACACUGCUAUUGCUGCUUGAUAUUGAGUAGUAGCUUCACCAGUUUGUUAGGCUAAAGCUAGAAUCAACCUAAACUGACACAAUGACUUCUGCAAGUGAAAAUGCUCUAUUUGGUAUGGGAAACCCCCUGCUCGACAUCUCAGCUGUUGUGGACAAGGACUUCCUCGACAAGUAUGGACUGAAGCCCAACGACCAGAUACUGGCGGAGGACAAGCACAAAGCCAUGUUUGACGAAAUUGCAAAGAAGAGCAAAGUUGAAUACCAUGCCGGUGGCUCCACCCAAAACUCAGUGAAGAUUGCCCAGUGGAUGAUCCAGAAACCUCACAAGGUGGCCACGUUCUUCGGCUGCAUCGGGACGGACCACUUUGGAGAAAUCCUGAAACAGAAGGCUGAGGAAGCCCAUGUAGACGCUCGCUACUACCAACAGACCCAGGAGCCAACCGGAACCUGCGCUGCCUGCAUCACUGGGGACAACAGGUCCUUGGUUGCUAACCUGGCAGCAGCAAACUGCUACAACAAGGAGAAACACCUGGAUCUGGAUGGCAACUGGGAGCUGGUUGAGAAAGCCAAGGUCUAUUAUAUAGCGGGUUUCUUCCUGACGGUGUCCCCAGAGUCAAUCCUGAAGGUGGCGAAGCACGCGUCUGAAAACAACAAGAUCUUUAGCCUGAACCUCUCGGCUCCCUUCAUCAGCCAAUUCUUCAAGGAGGCCAUGAUGAAGGUCAUGCCGUACGUCGACAUCUUGUUUGGCAACGAGACGGAGGCGGCCACAUUCGCCACAGAGCAAGGUUUCCAGGAGACGGAUGACAUUGCAGAGAUUGCCAGGAGGGCCCAGAGCCUGCCUAAGGUCAACAAGAAGAGACAACGAGUGGUGGUCUUCACUCAGGGCAAGGAUGAUACUGUGGCCACUAUCGGUGAGAAGGUGACCAUGUUUCCUGUCCUGGACAUUGACCAGAACGACAUCGUGGACACUAACGGAGCAGGAGAUGCCUUUGUGGGAGGCUUCCUGUCAGAGCUGGUCCAGGAGAGGCCGUUGGAGGAGUGUAUCCGUGCGGGCCACUACGCAGCCAAUGUCAUUAUCAGACGGGCAGGAUGUACCUUCCCUGAGAAACCUGACUUCCCUUGAUGUAUCCAACCAUUAUCCCCCAACCACAAAUGUAUUUUCCUUACCUUACAAACACCUGCAGUAAGCUGUGUGUAUGUAUGUGCCUCAAAGUGUGUGUGUAAAGUUUGUUUAAAGUUUACAAUAAUUCCAUGGAUAUAACUGGUCAACAACAUUGUCGCUAUGUGUUGUAACUUAACUUGAAUACAUUUUUGUGAAGUAAAUUGCUGUGAGAUUAUCGAUCAUCAGUGAUUCAAUUUGCUUUAGUAGAUUACUUUUUAAUCAACUUUCUAAACAACACUCCAAACAACACUCCACUUUCUAUGCGCCAUCUGUCAGUUUAAAACCACUAAAUAUUAACUCUCAUUUAACUCUCUUGACUGUCUUGGCUUUGCUAUUAAAAGGUUACGAUGUCCAAUACUAAGGACCAGGAGUUUUUCCUCGCCAGGUCAACAAGUGGUCUAGAGAAAAUCAGUAAUGUAGAACUGUCUGAAAUGUGGAGUUUGAUAUUAUUAUUCCUUUCUUAAAUGUUUACUGAAGACUCUGAAUAAAAUGGUAUGUUGCCAAGUUCGUGUUGCCAUGACGCAGAUAAUUGUUCAUUAAAACAACAGGCGUGGGUGGUCUGUCAAAUGUU